GAUGUGGAAUUACUCUACGAACUAAUAGAAGAAAAGGAGACUGAAACGAAAGAACUCAAACGUGAAGUCAAGGAACUUCAGGAAUGCUGUGACGAGAUCCAAAAUAACUUGGAAGAGGCCCAAAUGAUAAUUGCUGAACAACAAGGACAAUUGGCCAUUUACAGACAGGAAGUCGCUGUUAGUAAAUCCAAUAUCGAAGCUCUAAAAAUCCGAAACUUCGUUCUGGCUUCGAACAGUCAGGGUGCUUCAGAUGAGAUUCGACAAAUGAUGGAGGAGUACCAAGAAAUGCACCAGGAAUUGGAACAUUUGAGAGAGGACCAAAAGGCUACGGAGGCGGAGGUGACGCGACUGAGAAAACAGGACAGUUUCCUCCGAUGGCGUGUUGAUGGCAGCGACAUUCAACACGCCAUCCGAUACACCUGUCGACAGACUGAAACUUACUCUCUCUCUCUCCAAUCUUUUCAAAAUUUGGAAAGCUAA